GUCCAAUCACGCGCCUCGAGUCGCCGCAAGCUUCCAAAACCCAACUUGAAGCCUCAACAAAUUGAAGCUUGAAAUGAGCAUCUUUCCAAGGCCCUUGAUGCUUGACCCAGUACCGUCUCCAUCAAGCUGCACUUUCAACAUCACAUUGCUUGUCUAGAACGGAGUUCUGGAUAUUUUAUGGCCGAAAGUAGUAAGGCGUCGCCUACCGCCGCCGUUGGCGUUCCGACCAUGGACGGUGUCGAUGAUGCCAACCCCCCUACAAGGGCUAGCCCAAAGUUGGGCGAAGAGCAACAGUUGUUUUAUUUGAAUGGUGAUGGCUUGAGCUAUGAAGACUUUGCUAUGUACCGGAAAAAUGGCUAUCACCCCAUUAUCCUCGGCGACGUCUUGCCGAAGCCGGGUACCUGCGAAAACGAUCAGUCCAAAGCUCCUAGGUACCGAGUGAUUCAGAAACUCGGUUUCGGUGCAUUUGCAACUGUGUGGCUUGCACGCGACCUUCUAGAAUGCCGAUAUGUUGCUCUCAAAGUCUGCUGCGGUAUCGACAAGCCCUCCUUCAGCAGGGAGACGAAUAUCUUAUACGGAAUCCAACAAUCUGGCCGAGCACACCCUGGAUUUGAUAACAUCUUGACUUUUUAUGAGGCUUUUAUCAUAUCAGGCCCAAAUGGGUUUCACGAGUGUCUUGUUACCGAAGUUGUGGCUCCAUUGGAAGGAUUAGGAAUUAAGCAGGGAUGGCCGAAAAAGGACAUCUUGAGGCAGAUUGCAUCUGCAGUUCUCCUAUUACACUCCCAAGGAAUCGCACACGGUGCACCGGCCUUGGACGCAGACCUGCACGGGGACAACUUUGGCGUCGCCGCACCAGGACUUCAGGAGAUUUCUGAAGAGGAUAUCCAGGAUUUCUUCCUAGGCGACCAAGAGGUGCUUCCGGUGAUACCCCGGGACCCAAUAUUUCCUAGAAAUACGGUACCAGCCUACGUCACUCCAUCAGCACAACUCGGAGCCUUCCUCGCAGAACAGGGCCAAUACCCGAAACCUAUCUCGGCCACCAUCAAGUUGCUCGACUUUGGAAGAGCAUUUUCCGUUGACCGGUCUCCUCGCCACUUACCUGGCGGGGCCCCUUUCCAAAUUCGUCCCCCUGAGGUAAUACUUUACGACAUUACUAACGGCAACGCGGGGACCGUUUGGAGUAAGGAAGCGGAUAUAUGGGCGUUGGGGUGCACGAUUUAUCCCGGAAUCCUAGUCGACCAACACGGCUUUCGAGACUUUUACCAGCGUCUCGGAAAUGCCCUCCGCGUUGGUGGCUCACCGCCUAAGGAAUGGCUCGAGUGCCUAGACUUUGAGAAACUUUCUAGUUCCAUAAGUCGUGAUUUACGUGGGAGCGCACCAAUCUUGUCUAAAGACCAGCUUAUUUUAGAACUAUCAGAAGCUGCUGUGACGAGCUGGAGAGACAAGCAAUAUCGUUGGGAUGCUCAGUCAAAAGGAAUUAUCGAUCUGAUUCAGCGAAUGGUUGUGACUGAGCCUAGUGCUCGACUGGAUAUAGCAGGAGUACUAACACACCCUUGGCUGUGUCGGGACGCCAUGCGAGCCUGUGUGUUUGCUGACUCUUGCAUAUUCUAUCUUCCAGGGGGCUCAGGUGGCACAGUGAUCGUCGACAGCGGCAUCAAGAUCAUAGAGGAGAUGUGGAGAGAGGAAGCUGCGAAAUAUGACGGAGACUAG